GUACUCCAGAAGUUUCCACUAAAAUGGAUUGGAUUCCAAAUGCGACUAAUAUGGUGGAAUUGCUCUACAAUUUUUGCCACCAGCAUCAAGUCGGUUUGUGCAUCAAAGUCCUCGAUUCAAUUCCUCAAGAAAAUGCAGUUCCUGAUGUUUAUAAGGAGGAAGCAGAGCGUCAUCUAGUCAAAGCUACAAAUUUGAAUCCACGUCUGCUGGAUGCUUGGAAUUGCCUUGACGGGUGCAUUGCCAAGAAAGGAGAUUACCAUGGAGCUAAAAACUGCUUUGAAUUUGUCCUUAGAAUGGCUCCAAAUAGCAGCGUAAUUUUACGUCAACUUGCACAGCUUGAACUGCAAUUUGCACCAGGUGAAUUUAGGCCACUACUAAAGCUUCUAACUUUGAAGUUUUAAUUCUAUCUGUAGGUUUUAGAACUGUUAAGGAAAACAACACAGCAAAGGGAAACCAAAAUAAAGCAGCGGAAAAGGAUUAAGAAAAUAUAGAAGCAUAAGAGUUUAUGAA